AUGACGUCUACACAUGAAUCCGUUAGCAUAAAAAACCUUAUAACUUGGGAUAACUUCCUUAGAAAUUCGUCAACGUUAGAAAUCGAAGACGAGGAUCACGGUCACACUCCUGAACGGGAACAUUUCGAAAAUCAAUAUUACCUCGCUGCAGAUCGAUUAAGCGAUCGUCUAAAGGCAUUGCGGGUAGAUUCUAGAGCAUCAAUUAGUACAAAUAGUGAUGUAGAAUCACCAAUACACAUAAUAAGACAAACUACUAACAACCUUCUUCCAAAGGUCGAGUUGAAACCCUUUGACGGAAAUUUGAUCGAGUGGCGUAGCUAUCACGACACUUUUAAAUCAUUAGUGCAUGAUAACGAGGAGUUGAUUCCGGUACAAAAAUUCCAUUUGUUAAAAAAUUCCCUUAUCGGAGGAGCGGCCACAGUAAUUUCUACAUUGAACGCGUCCGAAACAAAUUACAAGGUAGCCUGGGAUUUGUUGUGUCAGCGGUGCAAUAAACCGAGAAAAACAGUAAACGCUCAUUUAAAGUUAUUUUUCGAGCUUCCGGAAGUCAGUCGAGAUACACCCACGAAACUGCAACAAUUAGCAGAGCAAGCCCAAAUGCAUGUCAAUGCAUUAAAAUCGUUAGGACAGCCGAUAGAACAGUGGAAUGCAAUUCUAGUUUAUAGCUUAGGGAACAAGUUAGAUAAAAAUACGCGGCGUGCUUGGGAGCGUACACUCGAUGACGACAAAUUUCCAACUUUCGAUGAAUUGAUCGCCUUUAUUAACAAGCAAGCGCGCGGAGAGGAACUCGAUUCAGAUCUGGUCAGUUCCUCAAAUUUUAGUAAUACACACUUAAAAAAUAAGGCAAAAUUUCGUGGACAAUCCUAUGUCUCUACAAAGGGUCCCAGUCGAUACAAUUGUGCUUUUUGUAAAGGUGAACAUGCAAUCUAUUCUUGUUCAAAAUUUUUGAAAAUAACAGUUCGCGAUCGUUUCAAUUUCGUUAAGAAGGCACAACUCUGCCUCAAUUGUUUACGUCCCAACCAUACAAUAUCUAAUUGCAGAUUAGGAUAUUGUAAAAAAUGUGAGAAGCCUCACCAUACACUCCUCCAUUUCCCUACGGAAAUUCUUCAAUCCUAUUCGACACACUUACAAGCGUCACCUAGUCCUUCGACGCCAUCGAAUAUAGAAACGGCCCCUUCGUUAGAAAAUACGAAACAUGCAUUAUUAGUCUCCUCGGACUCGGAAGUUUUAUUGGGAACCGCGAUAAUAAAGAUUUUAGACCAAUACGGUAAAGCACAUUUUUGUCGCGUAUUACUUGACAGUGGAUCGCAGUCCCACUUUAUUACAGAAUCCUUUGCUAAGAAAUUAAAUUUAAAGACACACAGAUUAAACUCGUAUUUUUCGGGCAUAGGACAGCACCAUUCAACCGCUGAGUCGAUAGUCAAAACUAGCAUCAGGUCAAUGAAGCGCGUAUUUCAAUCGCAGGUAGCUUUCGUGGUAUUACCUUCCAUUACGGGUUUACUACCGACGAGACAGGUACCUCGCGAAUCUUUAAAUAUACCGAAACACAUUGAGCUUGCGGAUCCAAAUUUCGAUCAACCGAACGAAGUGGAUGCAUUACUUGGCAAUACACUUUAUUAUGAAUUAUUGUUAACAGAACAAAUUAGAUUACAAGACACUCCAGUUAUCUUGCAAAAUACACAUGUAGGUUGGUUAGUUACGGGAGAAAUAGCUAUAAAGAGUCAGGUCGGUCCGCAGAAUUCGAUCAAGAGGUGUCAUUUAACGACAUCACUAAAUAAACAGUUAGAGAGGUUUUGGGCCAUCGAGGAAAUACCAGAGAAACAAUUUCUAUCUCCAGAAGAAGCCGCGUGUGAACAACAUUUUAAACAAUACGUGUCGCGAGACCACACGGGCAGAUACACGGUUCGUCUACCCUUUAAUGAAAAGAAGGGACUUUUAGGUGAUUCGAAGGGACUAGCUUUAAAAUGUUUUGUUAACUUAGAAAAUAAAUUACAUAAGAAUCCCAAACUUCUCGAACAAUACUCCCAAUUUUUGAAUGAGUAUAUAGAGUUGGGUCAUAUGACUGAGGUUAAAGAUGACUCACCUUUUGAAGGCUUCUACCUGCCCCGUCACUCGAUAGUUAAAGACACUAGCAACACUACCAGGAUUAGAGUAGUUUUUGACGCAUCGGCAAAAGGUUCAACAGGAGCGUCUACUUUUGAGGUCGCUCUAAUUCUCCGUAAUGAGCUCAUACAAUUGGCGAAGGCAGGAGAUUUCCAUUUACGGCAAUGGAGCUCGAAUGAUCCGAGGUUGAUUGAAGAUCUAUUAGCAACAAAUCAACAUAAUUCACUAUGUUUGGAUCCUUCCGAGACAAAAAAGACUCUUGGUAUUUUUUGGAACCCUUCUAGAGAUGAUAUAGUGUAUACAAUAGAAAAAUUUCCUAACCAACCUUUUCUCACAAAAAGAAUAAUAUUGUCUCAAAUAGCACAGUUAUUUGAUCCAUUUGGGUUAUUAGGACCAAUAAUCAUUAAAGCAAAAAUAAUAAUGCAAGACCUCUGGAAGGCCGCGGUUGAUUGGCACGAACCAGUCUCCAAAUCCAUCGAACAAGCUUGGCUUACAAUCGUUAACCAAUUAGACUUAUUGAAUCGUUUUUCCAUACACAGAAGGAUUGCCUUAAAUCAAGCUGUUGAACUUCAGCUUCAUGGGUUUUGUGACGCCAGCGAGAGCGCUUAUGGAGCUUGCGUUUAUAUUAGAUCCACUAACAAGCAGGGACAACAUGCGGUCGAAUUGUUAUGUGCGAAAUCACGCGUGGCUCCCAUCAAAACGAAUUCAUUGCCGCGAUUAGAACUUUGCGCAGCAAAACUUUUAGCAAAUUUGUACAGGGAGGUUAUAAAAUCACUAAAAAAUUGUAGAUUCUCAACCAUUCGAUUUUGGUCGGAUUCGACGAUCACAACAUUACAUUGGAUUCGUACAUCUUCGCAUCUCUUAAAAACAUUUAUCGCCAAUAGAGUUAAUGAAAUUCAAACACUUACCGAUCCACAAGCAUGGGGGCAUGUACGCAGUAGUGAGAAUCCAGCAGAUUUUAUUUCUAGAGGCCAACUACCUGCUGAAUUUAUUGAAAACAGCACGUGGUUACAUGGACCACAUUGGUUAACAAAGAACCCGUCGUACUGGCCUACAUAUGAGUUAGCACCGAUUGAUAUACCCGAAAAGAGACAAUCUAUAGUAUUAACGGUCCAAACAACUACAAACGACUUAUUUGAACGGUUUUCAUCUUUCGAAUCAUUAGUAAGGGCAGAUUGUUUUGCAAAGGAAAUACAUAGUUUAAAGGGCAGUAAAGUUCUUAAGACAGGCAAACUAGUCAAUUUAAAUCCCUUUUUAGACGACGAGGAUAUUCUUAGGGUUGGGGGAAAGCUCAAACACGCGCCACUCAGGUAUACCCAAAAACACCCGAUUCUAUUGCCGCACCGACAUAAGGUCACUGAAAUGAUCAUUAGACAGGAACAUUUACGACAUUUCCACGCAGAGGCACAAGCCACACUUUACGCGGUGAGGCAAAACUGUUGGCCAAUUGACGGCAAGGGAAUCACAAAACAAAUAGUUUAA